AUGAACAUAUGUUUAACCUUUUUGAAACGUCUCCAAGCAACCAAUAACCUUCAGUUGAAUAGCUUGGCUGUUGAUGAAAGUCCACGAAGAAAUAACUUGCCAACUGAGAAGAAACUGGAGUUGUCUAGCAAUCAUGUGUUUCCUUAUUUCAAUAUCAAUGAGGAGGGGAUGUCAUAUGACGAUGAAAAUUCUCGAGAUGAACUUGAGUCUGAUAUGAUGAAGGAUGAUCUUAAUCAGACAAAUGAUUCUGAGGUAUACAGCAAUAACAGACCCCAGAAUGAUUCAAGUUCUGUAAUUUUGCCAGCGAGGGGACAUCAUACCAACUUGGUUAGCUAUUUUAUGUCACUUAGAAAGGGCAACAAAAUGCACAAAAAACCACACAAAAAUUAUGAAUGUGACCACGAACAGUUGGAAGAUAUCAUGAAACGCUUGACUGGAUGGUUUGUGCUUCUUCAUGCUAAAUUCAAAGAAAGCAGAAAGAAAACAGUUAAUGGUCCUGUUUAUCAGAUUCCAAGUUACAAUUUACAUCAUGCAGUUAACAAAACUAAGCACCAUUUUUCAGUGAAAAAGGAACUAAAUAGUUUCUACAAAUCACGUAAAUGUCAUUGUGUUCGUUCAAUUAUCUGGGAGUUCAAACGCUUGGAUUUUGAUGGUGACAAACAUAUAACCAAGAAAGAACUAUCUAAGAUUGAAAACAAUCAAAUGGAACCUUGUGUGGAGCCGUUUAUGGAUUCCUGUGACCGAAACCAUGAUUCCAAAUUGACCAGACAUGAAUGGUGUUGCUGUUUUGCUGCUGUGCGACCGCCAUGUUUUUCCCACUUGAGGAGACUCCGAUCUGAUGCUGUUAUGAAAUCAGCUACAUUUAUCCCACAUUGUGACAGAGAUGGUUAUUAUGAGAAACGCCAGUGCCAUAAAGGUGUUUGCUGGUGUGUGGACCUGAAUGGCAAUCAAAUACUGGGUACACGAACCCGAGCCACCCCACAUUGUGAUAAACUUGAUGUUAUGGGCCACCUUCGCAACCUAGUGUGAUUGCUGAAAGAAGGAAUCCUAUAGAGACUUACAGAAGUAAAAUUCAAAGUCGCCAUUGCCAUUUUCUAUCUUGUAUAUAUGCUUAUAUUUGUAGAUAUGCAUGUUAUAUAUAUAUAUAUAUAUAUAUCUGUGCAUGUACACACAUACACAUACAUGCAUUUCAUAUAUGUACAUGUGGAAAAAGAACAGGAAAAUAUAGAAAGCUUCCAAUAAUGCAGAAAGUUUUACAAGAACCUUUAUAUUUCAGGUGCAAAGCUCCAUCCUCAGAAAAAAAGUAGUUCAAGAAAUGUCUAGUUUGUAAAACUUUAUGCAUUGUUAGUAGCUAUCUAUAUUUUCCUUUUCCUUUUCUUUUUCUGUACUACAAUAUUUCAAGCAAACUACAAUGUUCUUAUCUAUAUAUAUAUACACACACAUACACACAUGCAUUAUAUAUAUAUAUAUAUAUAUAUAUAUAUAUCUACUCAUAUGCACAUAUAUAUAUAUAUAUAUAUAUAUAUAUAUAUACACACACUCAUAUUAUGAAAAUAUACAUGUGUAUAAAUAUAUAUAUAACAUACUUAUAACAAUCAUAAAAAUACUUUUAAAAACAUUUUGGUGUUUUAUAUCUCUUGUUCAUUUAAUUCUUGUUUUAUGAUAUAAAUGAAUGAUUGGAUGGUCAAUGAUGUACAGCAGUGGUUUAAGAAAAUGUUUGGUGGCCAAGUGGUUCAUAUGUUACUUUUGAACUCAACAAUAAAUGAAUUUGUUUCUGUAGCCAUCUGUUCUAUUUGUCUUGUCAUGAGUUAAAAAGAUGUGCUUUAAUAUAUGGUACUGUGUAAACGAUGUGUAUAUGAGCUUGUGCAUGGGAAAUGUUUUGGAAUUUAGAGAAUAGGUUUCAUUAAAGAAUAUUAUAUUGUGUUAAUAACAUCAGACACAGACCUAAGAUACGUUUAGGCUUGAACAAUGUUCAUAUAUUUCCUUGCUGAUUAACAUUAAAAAAUAAACAUCAUGUAUUUUAAAUCAUAAAAUGUUUUGCUUUAUAUAUAGAUAUGCAUAUGCAUUUAUACAUAUAUGUCUACCUGCUUUUCUAUAUGAUUGAAUAUGUUGUAUGUUUGUGUUGUGUACACAUGACAUUAUUUCACUCUUACUUUAGAAAAAAUGAAAAUCAAAAUUUGAUCAGUAGAAUUAAAAUACCAGUAUAAUUAGUGAAUCAGUUGAUAUAUCAAUAAAAAUAUGAAAGAAAUUAUUGUUACUGAUUAUGUGUGACUUGUACGAGAUGAAACUCUUUGGAACAAAUAUAUUCAUUCUUUAAUCUUUUGGCAUUCACUAUUACUCUGUCAAAUUUAGUAUUUAUUUUUUAUGUUGUUUUGCAUUGAUCAUGCAUCAUCUCAUAGCUUUGAGAUUUUGAUGAUGUGAUUUAAAAAAAUUUUAGCACAACAUUGUAGGGUAGGUGUGAAAAGCUCAAUAUGACCAGUUUGACCAUAAAACAGAAUAUUUCAGCUGGCUAUGGCCAUUUUAAAUGCUAAAGGGCUAAAUUUUAAUUUUUUUCUUUAAUUACAUUUGCAGUCAGCGGUUUUAUUUGAAAAUAUUUGUAUUUGUAAAUUUUUCAAAUCUUUCAAUUUCAGUAUAUAUUUAUAUAAAUGUAAGAAACUUAUCUAAUUUAUUACAAUACAGUGAAACCUUAAGAGGGAAUAGUUAAUUCUAGGUUAUAGUUAGUUAUUUGUGAAACAUUUAUAAUCUAAAUUCCCAAACAAGCACAUAUUGAAGUUGGAUUUCUUUGUUCUGUUGUCAUGUCAACUAAGCUAUAUUGAUCUCUUUUGAAAACAUUAUUACUAUUUUUAUGUAUUGUUCAAUAUGUAACUAUUGUUCUAAAAAAUACAUAAUACUGCAGUCUUCCUAAUAUUUUUUCAACCUUGAUAUGCCAUGUUUUUUUCAUUUUUUAAUAUUUUUUUAAUGACUCGAUUCAAACUUAAUGACUCGGCUCUUAAGGCAUGGUUCAAGUCAUUCUAUUUAGUCUCUCUGCUGUGAUAGCUUGUUUCUUUAUUCAUCAGUGUAAUUGUGGCGAUUAUUCUCUGGAUGGUUGUAUAAUUUAAAUCCUAUCACAAUAGUUUCAGAGGAACAUUUGUAAUGUGUUUAGGAUAGUGACUAUGUAGCUAUAAGUUCAUAUCUUUUUAUCGAUGAUAUUGAUAGCUCUAAUGCACCUGGUUAUAACUUCAAGAUUGAUUGGUAAUCAGCAGGAAAGGUAUGUGCUUUUUUUAAAAAAAAAAAAACUCCAGAAAAUACAACUGCUCAUAUAGAAUGCUAAAAUACAAAUUUCUAAAACCAGUUUUAGUCUUGCUAAGUAUGGAAAUAUGCAUGUAAGCAGUUUAAAAUAUUCUCUUACAUUUUAUGUCUCUGAAGAUCUCUUCUGUAUUUUCCAUCAUGUCAUUUAAAUGUUUUGUUGCAGCCCAUGGUGAAAUCAUUUGUGUCCUAGAUUUACUUUGUUCAUAUUCUUUAGCUGUUCUGUUAGCAUUUCCUGUUUGGCAAAUGUCAUUAAAACAACAUUUGUUUAAAUAACAUCUUCUGUAAUAUCCUUUCUAAUUUUCUCAGCCCUUAAUCAUCCCUUGAACAUAACAUAUCUAAAUGUCAAAUAUACUCUAUUGACAAUCAGUUAAGUCUUUCCUGUUUAUCACAAACUUUAAUAGCAGCUAAUUCAUUAUAAACUCUUCUCUCACCAGAAAGUCAUAGCUGGGUGAGUUGAUAAGGUGCCAAACUACCAGUUGAAAGGUUGGCGGUUCAUAUCCUGUCAUUGAUGCUUUACUGUUGUCUUGGCAGUGACAUUUAACCCUAAUGCUCAAAUUUAUUUAGUUAUAAAUAUUCACUUUAAGGUGAUGAGUGAGUCUCUCUGCUUUGUUGCUUGAUCUGCUAAAAAUAACUGAAUCUUCGUCAAACCACAUCUUAAGGAAAAGAAAAGGUGGGUGGACACUAGGUGAUUUAAUUCAAAAUAUAUAGAAAGACAGGAUUGUCAUUGACAUGGGUCUGCUCUGUCAUGACCAACUUUGAGAUAAGCAACAAUAACAACGACCUACCUCUGUAAGCACCAAAUGUAGUAUUAAUGUGGAAGAUAUUGUUGGUUUCCAGUAUUGAAUUCAACUCUCAAAGUGUAUGGCUUGAAGUGGACCGGUUCCAAGAGGUUGAUUUUUCCCUUGAUACACAUUACAAGAGGACCAGAUCUCUAAUGAUGUUCCAUCAAUCCAGGGUGUAAAAUCCCUUUCCUUAUAUCAACACUGCUGACUCUAAAUGAAAAAUAAUAAAAUGCUUUUUCAUGUCUUGAAACAAAAAAUUAAACCGUACACAUACACACACACACAAAGUUAUGAAUAAAACUAUAUAUCACAAUAUAAAAAAAAAUUUCAGAAUCAUUUCUAUUUACCUGAUAAUUAUUUUGUGAAAGUGCAUGGUCAAAUGGUUUAGAUGCUGGGAUCAUGAAUGUUAAGUUGUGGGUUCAAAUUUUGGACCUGGCAGCAUAUUGUGUCUUUGAGUACAUUGUUUCAGUCCACUCCAUUGAAAAUGAGUACCAGCGACUAGCUGAGGAUUAACCUUGUGACAAAUUAAGAUUUUAUUCCUUCAGUUGCUUAAAUGUCACAGAAAUUGGUAUAAGCUUUGCAGUGUUUGUUCUAACUCUUUAUGUUCCUAGUUCAAAUCCUGCAAAGGUCAAUUUUUGCCUUUCAUUUUUUUCUGAGAUCAAUAAAAUAACUAAUUGACAAGCCCAACUCCCCAACAAAAUUAGGCCUUGUACCUAAAGGAUUAUUGAGCUAUUGAUAGCAUCUUUAAGUUCUGAAUUUCUGAAUUUAGAUUAUACCAGGGCUGUAUUUUCCUUUUCUCCUUCCAGAUUUGAUAAAAUAAAUGUUUUAGUUAAGUACUGAAAUGGUUUUGAUCAACUGCAGUGAACUCUACAUGAAAUUUGUGGCUGUGUGCUUUAUUGAAAAUUAUUAUAAUUGUUAAUGAAAAUAAAAGAAAUUGUUAUAGAAAA